AUGGCUACUGAGUGUGCUGUAUGUCACAAUUGUGGUAUUGAAGUCCGUCUUUGUAGUCAAUGUCGCUCUCAUGAAUAUUGUGGUAUGUAUUUUGUUGUCUUAGGGUUUGCGUCAAAACUCUGUCAAUACUUUGUACUCAGCAAGAAUCCGAGUGUUUUGCAUUUUAAAAAAACAAUAGGUCGUUGGUGAAUUAUUUACAGGCAUCUGACUAUUUUACUGUCAAAAUCAGAUGGAAGAGUCAAGCCUUACUGCAAGAUAUUCUAAGAAUGUUCGUGCUAACAUGUUACCAACAGGCAAUGACUGUCAAACUCGAGAUUGGCCAACUCACAAAGCAUCAUGCAUGCGACAGAAUUUCAUCCUGAGAGUUGAUCUUUCUCCUCGAUACCUUACCAACCCCCGUGUCACACGAACUAUCUCAUGCCCUGCUACGGCUUCUUUUGCCGACUUGCAUAAUGCGCUCCAAGUGUCCUUUGGUUGGAAGAGCUGUCAUCUCCAUCACUUUAGAGUUCUCGAUCAUAGCGAAACUAUGGGUUCCGAUUCUAUCCUUAGUCCGCGAUCAAUACUUUUCAUGAUUAGCGCUCCAGGCAUGCUACCCGAAGAAGCAACAGCAGAACCGAUCAAAUGUAGCAGUCGCACUUUGCUUCACCAAGUCUUAGAUAGCAAAGCAACAAAAGGCAAAACCAUACAUUACCAGUAUGAUUAUGGAGAUAACUGGGAGCAUGUUAUAAUUUGUGGUGGACGUGCAGAUCCAACAGCAAACUUUGUAGUUCUGGGUGGGGAAGGUCACGGAUGUGCAGAGGAUGUAGGAGGACAUAGUGGAUGGAACGAUUUGAUAAAAGCCUAUGAGGCAGACAGGCCGACAAUAGAGCAGCAAGAAUUAAUGACUUGGUUUGAGGAAACGGCUCUCAAUAAAGAUCCUGGAGGUCUUCGAGGAGCAGCCAAAUACAAAUGGGACAAAGAUGGAAUAAAUGCAGUCCUUGAAGGGCUCAAUAUGCCAGAAAUUCGUGAAAAAGCUGUUUCCAUUCUUUUAAUAUCCUUAGCUAAGGAGUCUUGGUUCGACGAAGUGUACGCUUCUGUUCUUGGCAAGCUUCGUUCCAAAGCUGCGGUCAAAGAGGUGACGGAAGGCGCAUCAGCAGUGAAACACGUUGAAAAAUCAAUUCACAAGUAUAGCGUCAUUAUAGUCACUGACACGGCUAUCAUGGAACCACAAUAUUUCACCAUCAAUGAGCAUCUAGUUCAUUAUGUCAACUCGGGAGGAACAUUGAUAUUCGGCUUUCUGAUGCCGAGCUUCGCCGACCCUCACACCUUUGACUGCUACUUCAGAAAGAUCUGGGGUCCACUAAAUUGGAAAUCUGGCAAUUAUAUUCGAGAUACUUACAAGCCCAAUAGCCAGACAAACCUUCCCCCGCACUUUCAAGGUCAACUGAAGUCUUAUAGCAUGAAAGCAGUCAGUUUGGAGAAUGUCAAGCCCGAGGAUCGAGUUUAUUGUGGCGGUGGGAGACAGCAGAGUCCGGCUAUUUUCGCUAAAUAUGGAAGCGGAAGUAAUGGGUCUAAGCAGGGCCAUGUUGGUUGGUUGGGCGACGUCAAUAUGGAGGAGGGAAUGACCGCGUUACUUUUAGCUAUGUGUGGUUUGUGA